AAAGUUUAAACCAACAUCAUUGUUUUCAUUUGAGAAGCCCCGCCCAUCGACACCACGUGGCCUGCGCUCUCCAACAAUUGGCUGAGGAGAAAUGACUUGACGGAUCUCUACAAGAGGCUCAGACAAAUAAAUUCAGCGGUCUGAACCGGCGUUGUGGUGGAAGGAAGCGGGAGACUUUGGUGUAAGCCGCCUUUUCAUAACCCCACACUCCCGGCUUCCCUUAGCUUCUAAAGCAGCCAACCACCGUCUGAAAAUGAACGGCGUCCAUCACGACCUGCUCCGCGAUAAAGACGGCUUCCUCUUUACCUCCGAGUCUGUGGGAGAAGGACACCCCGAUAAGAUUUGUGAUCAGAUCAGUGACGCAGUGUUAGAUGCUCAUCUCAGUCAAGACCCUGAUGCUAAAGUAGCAUGUGAGACUGUGGCUAAGACAGGGAUGAUCCUGCUGGCAGGUGAGAUCACCUCCAGGGCCAAAGUUGACUAUCAGAAAAUCGUCAGAGAUGCGAUCAAGGACAUCGGCUAUGACGACUCCUCCAAAGGCUUUGAUUAUAAGACCUGUAACGUGCUGGUUGCCCUUGAGCAGCAGUCUCCGGACAUCGCUCAGGGUGUACACCUGGACCGGAAAGAAGAGGACGUGGGAGCAGGAGACCAGGGACUGAUGUUUGGAUAUGCCACGGACGAGACUGACGAGUGCAUGCCGCUCACUAUCGUUCUGGCCCACAAGCUCAAUGCCAAAAUGGCUGAAUUACGUCGGGAUGGAACGCUGCCGUGGCUCCGACCCGAUUCCAAAACUCAGGUGACCGUUCAGUACAAGCAGGACAGAGGAGCUGUGGUUCCGCAGCGCGUGCACACCAUCGUCAUCUCCGUGCAGCACGACGAAGGUGUGUGUUUGGAGGAGAUGCGUCGCUGUCUGAAGGAGCAGGUGGUGAAAGCCGUCGUCCCCUCUGGGUACCUCGACGAUGACACCAUCUAUCACCUUCAGCCCAGCGGCCGUUUUGUCAUCGGGGGUCCUCAGGGUGACGCUGGUUUGACUGGUCGUAAGAUCAUCGUGGACACUUAUGGGGGGUGGGGGGCCCACGGAGGAGGGGCUUUUUCCGGAAAGGACUACACCAAAGUAGAUCGGUCGGCAGCCUACGCCGCUCGAUGGGUCGCCAAGUCUCUCGUAAAAGCCAACCUCUGCAGACGCGUCUUAGUCCAGGUUUCCUAUGCUAUUGGAGUGUCCCAUCCCCUGUCUGUCUCCAUCUUCCACUAUGGGACGUCCCAGAAGAGUGAAAAAGAGCUGCUGGACAUUGUGAUGAAGAACUUUGACCUGCGACCUGGAGUUAUUGUGAGAGAGCUUGACCUGAAGAAACCCAUCUACCAACGCACCGCCGCUUAUGGUCACUUCGGCCGCGACGUCUUCUCAUGGGAGAUGCCCAAGAAGCUGAAAUAUUGAACCCUGGCUUUUGCUGGCUCACUCAUGUCGGGUCUCGUUUAGAUAAAUGUUCCUCUCUUUCUCAUCCUUUUUUUUUCUCCUCUUUCCUCACACACAGCCACAAAGUGACAGAGCAUCACAUUCAACCUUAGUCCACCUUCUAAAAACCACCAAUGUAAACCUGGGGUUGUGUUGCUAGCACAAUAGUUAAUUUUUGCAUCCGAGUGCAUCCAGCACUAGCGUUCUUUUCUAAACCUUCAAACUCUUUGUGCACUCAGAAGUAGCAGUUUGCUUCUUCCUCCUCAUUUGUGUAAAGCAACUCAAUCCUGAUCAUUUCAGCAAAAAAUAUUGUGCCAGAAAUCCUUAAAAUAUGUAUUUAUUUAUUUGUCUUCAUCCAAGUGUCAUGUUUUUGAAUGUUUUACAUAAAUAUCUGAAGCUACUAACAAAUCUCUGUUAAAUCCGGCUCCACUGGAGGUCACUUUUUUAUAUUGUUUGUUUUGUGGAGUAAAAUGUCAAACUAGUCUUCUGAUAAACACUAAAUGAGAGGAUGUUUGUUCAACUUGCUUACUAAAUAGUGAGUCAAAGUGUAUCUAUAAAGUUUGAAAUGGGAUCUUGGCGUCUUCAGCUGAUCGGGUUUAGAGGAAUAUUCAGAUCAACGCAUACUUUAAAGUAUUUUUAUCUCCUGGGAAGCUUCCACUACAAGUUAAUUUAAAAAAAAUCCACAGUUGCAACAGACUUUUCUAAAUAUUGAUUUAAAAUGUAAACGCAUCUGCAGCCAGAAUGCUGCAGGUUGAUGACAUCUGCUGAGAUAAAUAGGAAUUAUGCAUUUAAAUUAUUUGAAAAUAGCAAUAUCAUUGAAACAAAGCAGAUUUCACCUGAUUAAUCAUCUAAAUACUUAAUGUGCACCUACAUAAACCAGACAUUCUCUCCCACGUAUCCUUGCUUCCUCCUGCUCUUCCUCACAUCAACUCCUCCUUAUAAUGUAGUUGAUGCUCUUCCUGUGUGAUAUCCUGUUGUUUGCCUCAACAUGUAUUGUGUUUAAAUAUCUGAAUCCAUCAUGCUUUUGUUGACUUCUGUUCCUCUUUCCCAUCUGUCAUCGGUCUGAACCUGUCUCCUCUUGAGUGCAAUGUGGUCCAAGAACUGACGUUUUCUCUUAGAUUUCUUGUAAAUGCACAAAAGGGGAUGCAGACAUUGGCGUUUAAAAUCCCUUAAAUGUCCCUUUUCUGCAACAGUGUUACAAUUCCUACACUCCUGAAGGAAUCGGAUGAUUAUGUUCCGACUUAAUCCGAGUUGCUGUCUGUGUUGUCUGGUGACUUGGAUUUAAAACUGGCACCAGUUUUGUUUUUAAAUGAUGAUGGUGUUUUGUGGAACAAGCAGAAGGAGUUUCCAAAGAUUUGAACAAGAAACCAGGGAACCAAAGUGUUAAAAGGAUUUAAAGCACACUCUGUCUAAAUCUAUUUCCAGGACUAAAUUUCUAGCUAGUUAUAAUUGCAGUUAAACAGUAAAUAUUGUCUUUUUCUGGUGGGACCUUAUUUAGGUUGCACUUGCUCCCUCUUGUGGUCUUUUUGCAACACUACACCAUCAUACUUUUAUCUAUUCCUUUUUUUUUUGUUUGUUUUUCUCUGUGAUUGUACAUCUUCUAUCUUGUCCACAACCGAGGCCGCUUGGCUGGUGUUGUACAGAGAAACCGGCUUGUUUACACAGCCUCCUGUGGUGAGAUCGAAGAGCCUUCUCCUCUAAAGUCGGUCUGUCAGCGCGUUGGAUAAUGUUCAAAAGUGCCUUUUUGUCAUCCGUGCACCCUUUGACCUUUCCAUCUGUCUUUUUCUCUAGGGUCUUUUUUUUAGAUUAUCAUGGCAACUGUUCAAAUAAACAUUCUUCUUUUGUGUGGA